GAUGGGGUAGAGAAAGGUCAUGUGGGGUCUAUAUGUAGAUUUCUCUCAGUCCUUCAACCCUCUUGGGAGCCCAGGCCCUUUCUAAAGAUGUAGCUCCAUUUCCUAGCCUGGCAUCCCUUUGGUAAGCCCCUUUCAAAGUGGGAUGCAGCAGGGCAGACACUGCACUGAAUCUUUAUAGAGCAACCCCUCUAAGGAGUAUCAAUUUGUACCCCCCAAGAGUUCUCCAUUACUCCCGUUCUCUACCCUUAUUUCCCCCAGUACUCUGGUUUUGAAAGGCUGGUAAGUGCUACGCUAAACUGCUGAAGUUCAUUUGGGUUUUGGGAGACCCCUCCGCCCUGGGGAACUGAGCUACUGCCCCCAAAGCCUGGUCGUGAGAGACACCACCCUCAUAGCCAAAGGGUUGGGUAACCUCAGUUCUGGGUUUCCACAUGACAGUUGCCCUGAUCAAACCUAAAACCAUUAGGCCGGGAUCUGGCCAUACCUCAAUGGACCCUGGGGGCAUCUUGAAGGCAUUUCCCAAGCGGAGGAAAAUUCAUGCCAGUCCAUCAUCAAAAGCACUUGUAAAGAAACCCAAGCAAGAAGGUGGAGAAGAAGCAGGAGAGUGGCUGAGCUCCCUGCGGGCCCAUGUUGUGCCCAGCGGCAUUGGGCGAGCCCGGGCAGAACUCUUUGAGAAGCAGAUUACUCAGUAUGGAGGCCAGAUAUGCGCUGCCCAGGCCCCAGGGGUCACUCACAUUGUGGUGGAUGAAGGCAUGGACUGUGAGCGAGUCCUCCGUCUCCUUCGACUGCCCCAGCUACCCCAGGGUGCUCAGCUGGUGAAGUCCACCUGGCUGAGCCUGUGCCUGCAGGAGAAAAGGCUAGUGGACACGACAGGAUUCAACAUCUACAUCCCCAACAGCAGGUACCUGGACCAACCACAGCUCAGCAAGGCAGACCAAGACUCUUCUGUGCCUCCUGGAGCCCAGGAGGCUGUGCUCAGGACAGCCCUCUCUCCUCCUCGCCCUCCCACCAGGCCUGUAUCUCCUCCCCGGAGGACAGAGGAGGCCCCGAGCACCCAAGCCCAGCCUGGCUGUGAUGAAACCAGUGACGGGGAAGAGACACAGGUUAGCGCAGCUGAUCUGGAAGCCCUUAUCAGUGGCCACUGCUCCCCCUCCCUCGAGGGAGAUGCCGAGCCUAGUCCAGCCCCUAAGGGCCUGGAUAAAUGGGUCUGUGCACAGCCUUCGAGCCAGAAGGCGGUCAACUACAACCCCCACAUCACAGAGAAGCUGGAAGUGCUUGCCAAAGCCUACAGUGUUCAAGGAGACAAGUGGAGGGCCCUGGGCUAUGCCAAGGCCAUCAAUGCCCUCAAGAGCUUCCACAAGCCUGUCACCUCCUACCAGGAGGCCUUCAGUAUCCCCGGGAUUGGAAAGCGAAUGGCCGAGAAGAUCGUAGAAAUCCUGGAGAGUGGGCAUCUGCGGAAGCUGGACCAUAUCAGUGAGAGCGUGCCUGUCUUGGAGCUCUUCUCCAACAUCUGGGGAGCUGGAACCAAAACUGCACAGAUGUGGUACCAACAGGGUUUCCGGACGCUAGAAGAUAUCCGCGACCAGGCCUCCCUGACUAGCCAGCAGGCCAUUGGCCUGAAGCAUUAUGAGGACUUCCUGGAGCGCAUACCCCGGGAGGAGGCUACAGAGAUUGAGCAGACAGUCCGGGAAGCGGCUCAGGCCUUCAGCCCCGGGCUGCUGUGUGUGGCGUGUGGUUCUUACCGCCGGGGGAAGGCAAGCUGUGGGGACGUGGACGUGCUGCUCACCCACCCGGACGGCCGGUCUCACCAGGGCAUCUUCAAUCCUCUCCUCGACAGCCUUCGGCGCCAAGGGUUCCUGACAGAUGACCUGGUGAGCCAGGAGGAGAACGGCCAGCAGCAGAAGUACCUGGGGGUGUGCCAGCUCCCCGGGCCGGGACGGCGGCACCGCCGGCUGGACAUCAUCAUCGUGCCCUACAGCGAGUUCGCCUGCGCCCUGCUCUACUUCACUGGCUCUGCCCACUUCAACCGCUCCAUGCGGGCUCUGGCCAAGACCAAGGGCAUGAGCUUGUCAGAGCAUGCCCUCAGCACCUCUGUGGUCCGGGACACCCACGGCCUCAAGGUGGGGCCUGGCCGAGUGCUGCCCACCCCCACAGAGAAGGAUGUCUUCAGGCUUUUAGGCCUACCCUACCGAGAACCAGCCGAGCGCGACUGGUGACCCACGGCUCCAGGGAAGGGAGCGCCACACCAGACUGGCCACCCCACCUAGCCAUCUAGUAUUUGGCUCCAGCCUUAGUGGACUGAGCCUCACCACUUCAGCCGCCUGGGCCUGAGGGAAAGGGUAAGGCUGGCUGCCAGGCUCGUCCCGGCCCUCUCCUCAACAGAGCGGACUGCUGUCCUUCAUGUCACCACUGCCCCUGGUAGAGUUUGUGCGUGGCCCCUUGCCCCAUUUUAAGCAAGAACAGGUGCUGGUGUGAAGCCAGCUUCCUAUGCUGAAGGCCCAGACACCCCCUCUUCCCUACCCAAGGAGGCUCUGGCUGCUGGGGCCGGAUGGGGGCUGUAGGGUAGGGGCAGACGGCUGUGGCUGAGCGCCCCCAAGACCCUGUGGAGCCAGAGAAUGCGCUAAGCCCUAUGUACUCCCUCCCCAAGCUGCGUCCUCUGCAGCCGGAGGUGUGGGAAGGGGGCCACCAAGGCUCUGUAAGGACAGCAUUUGAAGGCCCCGGGACCCAGUAAAGUGCACUUGACAUUCCGAC